AUGAUUUCCGCGCUUCUCAAGGGCAAGGCUUUCCGCUCCUUCUGCCUUCCGUUCCGCACUCCCGCAUCUCCUGCCGCCACUCCCGUAGCGCGAGUCACCCUACCAGCUUCUGUACGUUCUGAGCUAUUUCCCUCCGCCCACCCGUUCGCCAUGGCCGCCGUUGCCGCCGCACCUCCAGUGGCAGCAGCGGGCAGUGCGGCAGCGGGCGCGGGAGCAGCGGCGGCGGAGAUUCAACAGCCGCGGAAGGCCGUGCGCAAGCUGCUGUCGCGGGAGCAGGCGGAAGGCGCGGGGGCGCGCGUCAGGCGCAGCAUCGGCAGGCCGGAGCUGCGGCAGCUGGACCCCUUCCUCAUGCUCGACGAGUUCAAAGCGGAGAACGCAGCAGCAGGCUUUCCAGACCACCCCCACCGAGGCUUUGAAACCGUCUCCUACCUGAUUCAGGGGUCGUUCGUGCACGAGGAUUUCAACGGCCACAAGGGGCAGCUGCACGCGGGGGACGUGCAGUGGAUGACAGCUGGCAGGGGCGUGGUGCACUCGGAGAUGCCAGGAGAGGGCCCCACACACGGGCUGCAGCUCUGGGUCAACCUGGCGGCUAAAGACAAAAUGGUGCAAUCGGCCUACCAGGAGCUAAAGGACGCUGACAUUCCCAAGGCAUCCCUCAACGGGGUGCACGUGGCCGUCAUUGCCGGCACCGCCCUCGGCGUCUCCUCCCCCGUCGUCACCCGCACACCCACCUCCUACCUCUCCUUCCACCUCGACCCUGGCGCGCACCUCGCGCAACCGCUCCCCACCGCGUGGAACGCCUUCAUCUACACGCUGUCUGGCACCGCCAGCAUCGGGGAGAGGGGGACUGAGCCCACGGGGGCGCACCACACGGUGGUGCUGGGGGCGGGGGACGGCGUGCACGUGUGGAACAACGGCGCUGAGGAGUGCCGCUUUGUGCUGAUAGCGGGGCAGCCUAUAGGCGAGGCGGUGGUGCAGUACGGUCCCUUUGUGAUGAACACAGAGGACGAGAUCCAGCAGGCUCUCAGUGACUACUGCCGCGGGGUGAACGGCUUUGAGAAGGCCCGCACGUGGCGCUCCGUGCAUGGGCGGAUCCGCACGCGCGCAAUGCCCGCCGCUCCCCCGCAGUCCUGCGCGCUGCUCCCCCCUCUCCUCGCCGUCGGCGCGCUCACCUCUCUCGCGCUCGCCCUCGCCGCCCUCCACUUCUCCCUCCGCCGCCGCCUCCCCCCUCCGCGCGCGCUCAAGCGCGCCGCCGCGCUCUGCCUGCUCUACACGCUCGCGCUCGCGCUCCUCUCACUCCCCGCGCCCUUUGCGCCCGCAUUCAGCCCCUGCGCUGCCCCGCGCGCGGAUAACAAUGCGGGGGCGGCGCGAGAACUAGGGGAGAAGGACGGGGUAGGCAGAGGAAAUGAGGUGGGCGGAGGGGGGUGGGCGCGCGGAGAAGAAAAAUGGGUAGAUGGCGCGGGAGGCGGAGGGCUGAGCAGAGGGGAGGAGGUGGAGAGAAGGAAGGCGGAGGCGGAGGGGGAAGCGACGGGGAAAGCAGGAGAGGCGAGGGCGAGAGAGGCAGGGGAAGAGCGGGAGAUACUGGAGGGGGAGGUGAAUGCAGGGGUGCGAGGAGAGGUGGCAGGUGCAGCAGCAGGUGAUGUGGCGGUGGAUACCGGCAGUGCUGCUACAACUCGCCGCACAGGUGGCAGCGCGAGCAAGGGUGGUGACAGCGCUGGUGGCGCGGAGGUAGAGGGCGCGGAGGGUGGAGCGGAGGGCGGAGAGGGCGGGGAGCGCGGAGAGGGCGCGGAGGGCAGAGAGGGCGCGGAGGGCGGAGAGGCAGUGCGGCCCACAUCCGCUGGCACACACCCGCCCGCCCCUCACCCGCCCUCACCGCCCCCACACUCCACCCCCCCGCUUCUUCCUCCCUCAGUGCCUCCCUCCCUGCCGCCACCCUCCCCCUCCCUCCAUCCCCCAUCCCCUCCCUCCUCUCCCCCAUUCUCCCCUCCUCCGCACCCCGUCCCGUCCUCCCUUUUUCCGCCCUCCUCCCUCCUUCCCUCCCCCACGCUCCCCAACCCCCUCUCAACCCCGCUCUCCCCCCCAUCCACCUCAACACCCCUCACCCCACACCCCUCGUCGCCCCUCCCCGCUACCCCUGCACCGGCGCGCUUCUUCAUCUACCGGCUGAUCGGCAACGACAUGCCGCCGCUGCAGUGCGCGCAGCAGCUGCAGCGCAACACGCUGUACGCGCUGCAGCACGAGCCCCCUUUCCUGGAGCAGGCGCGGCGCCUGUGGGUGCUGAACCACGUGGUGAACAGCACCGCGCUCGCUCACCUGGUUGAAGCCAUGCGCGCCCACGGGGUCAAGGACGAGCAGGACAUGCUCAUGCGCCCGCUCAACCUCGCCCUCAUCGCCACGCUCGACCGCUCCCUCUGGACCACCGCUGUCACCGGUGCGCGCCUUCCUCCCAUCCCCUGCCUGCCCUCCAUCCCAUGCCGUGCGCCUCAAAGCUUGCUGCGUGCUUCUCUGAACAUGGCGCAUGAUAGCAGGUUUGAUCUCCUCAUGUGUCCUUCAAAGCUGGACAUGCCUGAUGCACAUAACGAGGCGCGCAACUUGAUGUUGGAGCAUGCACGCAGGGAGGGGGCGCAGUGGGUCCUCACCUUUGACGGCAACCAGUUCCUCACCGCCGAGGCCUGGCGGUUGAUAGUGCAGGCCGCGGACCGGCACGAGAAGAGGGGCUUUAAGGUCUUCAAGGUGCCCAUGUACAGGGUGCACCGGGAGCAGUCGCCCACAUGGCUCAACGCCUCCUCGCGCUUCAUCAAUCUGCGUCGCUUCGCCCCCCACCUGCACGAGAGCCAACUCGCCUUGCGUGCCGAUGCGCCCUACCGCUACCAGCCGGGCAUGGCGUACGGGCAGGACAACAAGAUGGAGCUGCUCACACGCGUGUGCGGGUCGGGCAAGUUCCGGAAGAAGCACUUCCGGCUGUGGCAGCUGCAGGCAGAACAGGCGCAGCAGCAAGCCAUGCUGGUGGAACAGCAGGUAGAGAAAGAGGGGCAGGAGGGGCAUGCGGGUCAUGCAGGGCUGGGGAAGGAGCAGGAGCAGCAGGGGCGGGAGAGGGCAAUGGGCAUGGCUGAACUGCCUGAGAUGAACGAUGAUGAUGGGGGGGAGGGCGAGGGCGAGGGCGAGGGCGAGGAGGAGGAGGUGGACAAGGGGCGGUGUGGGUGCCACAGGGAGGUGGGGGUGGAUGCGGGGUACCAGCGCGGGAAGCAGCUGGUGGCGUACGAGUGCGGCUACAGCAUCCGCCUGUGGUACUUCCCAUGCGCCCACGUGGACGCGGAGAAGAUGUUCCUCAAGGCGCACUACAGGGCGCAGCUCAGGGAGGAGGGCCGACAGCAGCUGCACGCCUUGAUUGAGCGCGCUAUAGAGGGGGCUGUCAAGGGGUGGCACAAUAAAACGAUGCAGUAG